CGAGUCCGAGGAGAGGAGAGGAGAGGAGAGAAAGGGAAAAGAAAAUGAAGCAGCAACAUGCAGAGGAGAGGGAACUGAAGCUGCGGCUCUCCGCUCUUCGUUGCAUGUAUCAUUCGAAGGAUCUGUUAGCUUAACGGCAUAUGCGUUAAAAUUGGAACGAUACAGUAAAAAAGAAGGAUCAAUUAGCAUGGUCUCACAAGCCGAGGAAAGAUGAGAAGAGAGAGAGAGAGUAUAUAGUAUGAACGUCGCGCUGUGUACCGACGAUCUAGGACAGGGUUGCUCGUACGACAGCUCAGCAGAGAUGUGAAGCGGUAUUAGAGAGGAGGUACGCAGGUGGAAGGCGAGAUUCUCGGCCAGAGCGACAUAGUUGCGUGUCAGACAGCUCGUCAGGAACCAGAACGUGGGAGGAGGGAGGAGGAGGGAGGAGGAAGGAAGGGAAGGAAGAUACAAGCCAGGUUGCAACAACGGCGGAGAGCAGCUGUCGUAUGCGUGUGCACGUAUUGAUAGUACGUUCGACAGAUCAGGCGGUGCCAGUGUGACGCACAGGCUUCCCAGCGUCGAUCAUAGGCAAACGUGUGUCCAUACAUGCGUGCGUGCACACACAUGCCCAGACCGUAGUAUCAAGCAGAAGUGGAGAGAGAGAGAGAGAGAGAGAGAGAGAGAGAGAGAGAGAGAGAGAGAGAGAGAGAGAGAUCACCACUCAGGCGCGCCCAAUCGCAGACACUUAUCUGCGCGGUCAGCGCACAUACAGAUUGAACAAGGGGGGGGAGAGAGAGAGAGAGAGAGAGAGAGAGAGAGAGAGAGAGAGAGAGAGAGAGAGAGAGAGAGAGAGAGUUGGCGAAACAUGGUUCCGUCAAUGGUGAUGAGGGUUCUACGAUCGGCCGAGUUACAGAGCAUCUUGGUAUGGCCACUAUUGCUGAGGAAUUUCGUGGAUGCACUUUCUCCGUCUGAAGGACCUUCACCUACCAAAGACGCGAUGGCGGUACUCGAGUCCUCCUUCUCCUUAUCUCCCUCCUCGUCUUCCUCCUCCUCCCCUUCCAUGUCAUCUGGUUGGUGGAGCCAGAUCGAGAGCCUGUUCGUGUUGAUGGUGGAGAUCGGGAUUGCACUGUUCAAAGCUGCGCUGUUGGGAUCAACAAGUUUUGCCCGGGCUGUUUCUUCGAAUCUUCUCGAUGUCUUCUCCACCUCCACCUCCUCCUCCUCCUCCUCCUCCUCCUCCCCCUCCCCCUCCUCCUCCUCUCUCUCUCUCUCCAGCUCUAAUUACGCCCUCUGGUCUGGUACACAUUCCACGAUUUCAGUGAUGCAGCAUCCGAAGAUAGCGGAAUCUUCUUUGUGCCCCCCUCCUCCUCCUCCUCCUCCUCCUCCUCCAUCUUUUCCAUCCUCUCCUUCUCCCUCUCCCUCCCCUUGUCCUUCUGACGCCAUAUCCAGGUGCUUGAUGCAUGCACUUAGCGUCCUGACCGAGCUGUCCGCCCAUUCCGACAAGUACGGUUUCGUCAGGUCGCUGGCAGAGCGGAUCGUCGCAGAAAAUUCGCGCGAGGCUCAUCGGCAGUCUCCGACUCCUCCUGCUUCCGCUGCUCGACUCGCAGAGGACGUCAACAAAAAAGCUCUUGCGUGGGCUUUCGCACGUACGUCUGCGCUUCUGGCGGAUGCGCUACAGAGUUGCUGCAACCUCGGCGGCAGCAGUAGAUGGGACGCUGGAGGAGGAGGAGGAGGUGGAAUGGGAGGAGGAAUGGGAGGAGAAAGAGGUGGUGGAUGGCAGGAGAUAGGAGGGGCUGUUUGUGGAAUCGCCCACAAUGUUCUGCUUCGUGUUGAGACAUGGACGUCCACGAUGGUCACGGGCAAGAAGAACGUCGUCGGCUUGGGCUCUUCGUCUCCUCCUUCCCCGGCGGCCAUAGCCGAGAGAGCAGAGAAGUUCGCAGGCGAGCUAGCCUGGCUGGUCGAUGUUAUGUGCAAGUACUGUUCCUCUCCCGACGCGCUGGAGGAGGUGGCUGCGUACUGGAGCAGGGAGUUUCGACUGGCCGACGUGGCUAAUGCCACCUGCAUGGCGACGAGCGGCGCGAGUCUAGGAGGAGGAGGAGGAGGAGGAGGAGCUGGCGGGAGGGAUUGCACUCGAGUAUCUAGCCUCUUGCGCGUUCAAAGGGCGCUCGUUUACGUAACGACAAGGCUGUGGAGAGCUGUUGGCUAUGGAGAUUUGAUGAUUCCUGAGGAGGUACGAUUCGGUCUCGUGGUGCUAUGGUUGCCGUUGACUUGCAAGUCGGCUCCGAUCGCGAUCCCGACCAUGACUUCGUCGUCGUCGAUGCUAAUCUCUGCAGCCGUUGGCGGCGUACCUUCUGCACACAACGCCAUAGGCGGCGCUCUGGGGGGCGUAGGAGGAGGAGGAGGAGGAGGAGGAGGGGUUGUAGGUCUAGGUGGCGGAGGGGGUGCGUCUUCGGCAUUGGAGCAUGGUGAAUCGUCGUUUUGGUACUCAGAAGUGCAAGAUAGAAGAGAGAUUAUGGAAACGGAUAGGGAUCUGGACAUGGUUGUCCGGACUCUCCCUGCAGCAGAGCAGGAGGCGGUUUUCCGGCUAUGGCUGCAGGAGUUCGCUUGUUCGCCGUACGAUCGGCCGAAUCUGACGAAAGCGUACGAGCUAUGGCGAUCCAAGGCGCGCCAAGCCGCCGUGCUCGCCGCCGCGCUCUCCUCUGUCGCGGCCUCCUCUGUCGUUGUCAGCGAGGAAUCCUCCUCCUCCUCCUCCUCCUCCUCCUCUUCCUCGUCGUCGUCGUCGUCUCCCCCAUCCGUGUCGCCAGCGUAGAGUCGGACACGCUCGUCUGUCGCUCAGCAAACUGUUGUCGCACACUGUCGCCUAGUUUGUCCUCGAAUGUCGGACUGUGUGACGUCACAGCCCCCCUAUUUACUUUGACUGUUUUUUUCGUUUGGCCUCGCUGUUUCAGUCCAUUUCUUCUUCGUCUCCUUUUUCUCUCUUCUUCUCUCAUUUCUUCUUCUUCUUCUUCUUCUUCUGCUGCUGCUGCUCGCCGGAAUGUGUGCGUUAUGAGCAUUGUCUAUGUCUGUACUGUUUUCCAUAUGCAUGGAUGGGUAGCCAUUGACCUCGCUAUUCCCCGUUCUUCUUCUUUCUUCUUUCUCUUCUUCUUUCCCUUCUUUCUUCUUCGUAAAUCUUUUUGGAUGUUGCAGAAUGUGGCUGACGAACGAUAGCCUUCGUGUUGUCCUCUUCUUCUCAGUUAACUAGUAGGUGUCUUCGUAUGUCAGGUGGAGAGAGGUUAUCGUUUAAAAUGAACCAACAUACUGUAUGUCAUCGUUUAAAUAAACUGACAUUUGUUUUCUCUCGGGAAACAAACUCCUGUUCUUCUUCUUCUUCUUCUUCUUCUUCUUCUUCUUUGAGCUUGUUGUCCGUGUAGGUGAUGUCAUGCUUUCCCUAUGGACAUGGACGCGUAGCGAUUGGCCUCGCUACUUCAAUUCUUCUUCUUCUUGGCCCUUCUUCUUCUUCUCCUUUGGCCCUCUUCUUCUUCUCUGCUGCUUCUUCGUCUUUUCUUCUCCUUGGCCCUCUUCUUCUUCUCUGUUUUUCUUCGUCUUUUCUUCUUCUUGCCCCUCUGUACGAUUCAUUUUUCUUCUGGAAAGCCGACAGACUGGGUUUGAGGAGGCCUCCUGAGUCCUGAGGAUGACACGGGGCGCUUCGCUUUUUGUGGAUAUGUUUUGUUGCCAGUAACAUUUUAUUCACUUGUUAUGGAUCGUCAGAUGAUUUUUUUUUUUUAUUAGCUAAACCUUUACGUGUUCCACACAUAGAACAACCAUCACUGAUUUGCACGCAAACCGAUUGGAGGGUUGAAAACUUAUAUAAUAUUGAAGU